UAAUUCAGAUGGUGCUUUGAUGAUCUUUUCCCACCCAUUGCUUCCGAUGGUCCAAAGACACGUAGAGUUCGCUUCACCCUGCGCCAUGAUGACGACCCACAAAGUUCGUAACCAAAUACGAAAUGCGUUUGGUCAUCAGAUGCUAUUCUUGGGGCUGUGUGUUAUCUUCGUCUGUGCCGUGGAAGCCAAGAAGCACAUCUACGCCAGCACCAAGGAGUGCGACAGGUACUCAUUAGAUGCCGUCUAUCACGACAGGUUUAAGCCUAUCACUGAAAACAUAUUUAAAGAUUGCCGAGAAUUUGUAAACAGAGUCGCAGAUUUAGUGGCUGAAAGUUUAACAGCUAUUAUGGCCCAAAUACCUGAUAGAGAUUCCUCUGAUAACGAAGAAAAGAAAAUCUUUAAUCAGUUCAAAUCACUGAAGGCGGCUUUUGGCAGCCGAGUGAAGAAGAUGCACAAGAACAUCACCUCGGCCUGGGAGUCUUUGAUGGUCAGCCAUCUUGACUUGAUGCUGGACAACGGAAAGUCCUCACUCAAAGAAUACUUGAAUAAGACAACGAACAUGACAGACACGUACUGUGAAACCCGCAAGACCCUGGAUGCCGUCCUUGGCGGCUUCGUAGGUUUCGUGAAGGGUGUGGUCAGGGACGGUCUCCGGGGCAUAGAUCUGGCGGUGCAGGAAGCCUUCAAGAAGGAAGAGGUCAAGAAGAACAUCACGGAAGCGAACCAGCCAGGCCCGAAGGGAACUCAGGAGGAAGACAGUGAAAGCAAAGAAGAGAAGUCUUGGAAGAAGAAGCUGGAAAUAGCAGAGAUGGUCACUCAGGGGUUUCUGGGUAAAGUGACGAUCGAGUCCAUCAAGAGAAAGAUGGACUUCUUUAAACCCGUGGACGCGGAUCCCGAUGACAGAGAAUCAGCGAUGGAUGACCUGAUCUUUGACAUACUGAUGAUCAAGAAUCGGGCCCGGGCCAUCAUCCACGACGAUCUGUCGAAAGACAAGGGCUCCGUCGACCUGGCCCGCAGGAGUAUUUACACGUACUGGGCGGACAUGGCGGAGAAGAUGUACAAGGAGAAAAUCCAGGCCAGGCAGACAUCGCAGCCCGGGGGACAGCAGUUCUACAAGAAGCUCUGGAGCGACGAAGAACAGCUGGUGGACACACUGCUGAACUUGAUGGAAGUCUACUCGUAACGCUGCCAUUUGAAUUGGAUGCGGACCAUUCUUUAGCCCCACACAUAUUUCACGUUCUCGCAUUAUUGUACUCAUACCUUUCUUUUAUUAAAAAAUGUUACUUGAAAAUGA